CUCAGUUUGGCGCGUUUUUUCGUUUCAGACAUGAUAUAUAUAUGGUCUGUUCUUUAUUUUUUAAGUAUAAAUCCUAUCACAAAAAGAACCCGAAUUCGUGAAUUUGUCCAGAUAUGAUCAAAGUCUGAUGUCACAGGAACGAAGUGUCGCACGAAGCAGAUAAUCAUACCUUUAUUUCAAGUUUACUUCUGAGGCGCGUUCCUUGGACUGCGCGCUCUCGUCUCCGUUGCAGUAGCCAAGACUGGCAAAUCAGCUCAUCAUCACAUAUGUUACGACGUAACGGUCUCGUGGUUCUCUGUCUUCCUUGUGAAGCCACAUGCGUGCCACUCUACUGUCAUGAUUUCCAUCAGUACUACCCUUCUGCUCUGGGUGUGUGUGACUAUGGUGCAGUGAUGAUCAAAGAUCUGAGUGCACUCUGGUUGCUGUGUGUCCUGCUUGGUGCAGGCCAUGAAACCUGUGUGUGGGCAGGCUGCCCCGAGGGCUGCCAGUGUUCUGGGGAGAGCCAGUCUGUGCUGUGUGCUGCUGCAGGCCUGCAUGAGGUCCCUCGGGACUUGCCUUUGGAGACAGUUUCACUCCACCUGGAGCACAACCUUAUCCGGACACUUCCCGAAGAAGCAUUCCAGGACCUGCUGCACCUGCAGGACCUGCACCUGUCGCACAACCAGAUCGACUCCCUCGCAUCUGGAGCUCUGCGCCACCUCACCCCUGAUCUGCAGUUCCUCGACCUCUCCCACAACAAACUGCGUCACGCCAGGCGAGAGGAGUUUGGGAUGACUCGAGCGAAGACACGCCUCUACCACAACCCCUGGCACUGUGACUGCCCCCUACAGGAACUGAUGGAGGGGGUCACCCUGGAGCCCGAGACAGCUGACGGGAUCGUGUGUGAGAGCUCGGCCCGGGGGCCGAGCGAAGGGAGCCGCUGGGAAGAGCCGGGAGCGGCGUCCGCCUACACGGGUCAACCUUUAGUGAAGUUACUCAACUCGGGUGUCAAUUUCUGUAGUACGAAGCGCAGAACGACUGACGUAGCCAUGCUGGUCACCAUGUUUGUGUGGUUCAUUAUGGUCACUGUGUAUGUAGUGUACUAUGUAAAGCACAGACCAGGCACCUGAACUGAACUCCUGCUCUGAGCACUCAUUACUAUCACAGACACCACACGUUUUCAGUGGUAACACAGCAAUAUGUUAAACGGGUCAGUUUUGGAUUAAGCCAGGAGUUCUACAGAACUCAGCAGACAUGUGUCAGUUGAUCAGAUAAUUAUUGAGUACAGAUGCAGUUGCAUCUUGAGGUUGUGAUGUUGGGAUGUUUUGCUUGUAAUGUUCAGGUAAAUGUGUUAGUGUGAUGAGGAGGUUAAGCAGGAUGCGAGGUAGUUGCAUAAACAAGAACACAUGUUUUAUUUGGAUAUAUAACACUCACGACGUAGCAUGCAGGCUAUUGGAUUCAAACAUCGACAACACACACACAUAAAUGAUAGACAUUUCUACAUGUAUACUAAUCACACAAUGAGGAGUAGAUGUGAGACAUAGGGAGGGCGUGGCCACAUUGACGAACACACACACACACACACACACAAGGAGAUGUUCGGGGGGAGGGGCCAUACCGUGACAGAGCCCCUCCCCAACGGCGCGACUCCCGGCACGCCAGCUUAUUGGGCUGCGACCCCGAGACCAACACCAAACAGCGAGACCAGAGGACCGAACGACCCGACACGGGCCAGCGUGAGCAAGACAGAGGGCGGAAGGACAGGGACCAAGACGACAACAGACACAGGUAUGGACACACUGACUGGCACAUCCACAGACACCAAAGCGGACUAAACGACUGGUACAAACAACUUCAUGGGGACAGACACAGCAACUGGGACGGGUACAACAUUAUUCAACAGAUUAACGAGUCCAGGUAAGCCGGCAAGAGCCCCGGGCUGCUCCCCCGUUGCCGGCUGGGCCGCAGUCCAACCUGCCUGUGGGGAAUCCCCCCUCGCCGAUUUGGGGGCGGUAACCUUUGCUGUCCCGCCUCAGGAGUCGCGCCAACCACCUUGCCCGUCCCUGGGGUGGGCACUGGUGCUGCCUCCUUCCUGCCUCUACGAGGCUUCGGUACGGGCGCACGAGUUCCGGGGCUGUGAGCCCUAGUGAAAGGAGUUUCCUCCUCCAACGAUGUCGCCUCUAGGUAUUUCACGCAGGCUGACUUGCUUGCGCCUAGGCGAUACCUCCUGGGCGGAGCCUUGGGUGGUAUCGUCCUGCCGGAGGCUCGUCGUUCCCGGAGACGACAGGCUGAACGUCACUGUCAGCGAGAGAAUCCCCAUAGAGGACCUCCACCUCCAUCAGUGGAUCCUCCACAUAAUCGGACCCCAAGUCCGACCGCAGACUGACGUUGCUGUACUCCCCUCUCUCUCCGCAAUCAGUGUAGCCCUCAGGAUAGUCCAUGUAGGGGUUGUAGGACCCAGCGGAGUCCACUUCCGUUUGCCGAUCCUCAUAGUUCUGGACUCUGCAGGACUCCAUAGAGUCUGACCCUGGACCAUAACCAGGGCCCCCCCCAAAAUCGUCCGGUGACCUUCUCCCCUGUUGUGGACUUACAGAGUGAGGCCAGGAUAAGGGAGGGUCUCUUCAAAGGGUAGUAGGACCCUAUAGAGUCCGACUCCGAGUCGGACAUCAUUGUACCAGUCCCGUUAGCCCAACGUGGGUCCAUACGACUCCACCGAGUCUACACACACACACACACACACACACACAAACACAUACACACACGAGGAGACGUUCGGGGGGAGGGGCCAUACCGUGACAGUUAGGGUACAUGUCAUCAUGGGCUUUGUGAAGUACCUGACCAACACCUGCUAAGGAGGCCAGAGCUGGGCUGGUGUUGGCUUAGUUUAAAUGGCCAUACCCUGUACAGAUUAGCUGCUGCAUGCUUGAUUCAGUGUUAGAUUGGUACGACAUUACUAAAGACAUUAGCAAGGAAUCUUGUGAGGUUGCCUUUUAAUACAUGAUGUCUUAAAUUGCGGCAUCACGAUUUGCACACAAUAGUUCUUAACCAGAAAUAUAACCAACUUUUUCAAAGGCCUAUGAAAUCUGAGGUUAUAGUGCCAUCUGGAGUUUCUGUUGUAACUACAUGCAAUUAGUGCUGAUUGUUUGCAUGUAGAUUUCCAUUCACAUUACUACAUACUACACAGUAAUCUGGCUUGUCUGAUUCACACAACAACGAAGGCAAAUAACAUGCAUUUGAACAAUUUACCAGUUAGCAGGGAAAACAUAGAAUGCAACAGAAUAGUGGAACAUCAAAACUUACAGGACUCAUUUUCAUUAUUUACCUUUACAAAGCGUCAGAAAUCAUGACCAAUAAACUGAGUGCAACAAGAUUUUCUAGCCAACAACAUAAGCCUGUGAUCUAUAGCACCGUUCACUAGAGCUCUGUAGACAAAGGAUGCUUGCAUCCCCUUAACUGAAGAAAUAUUCACAUAAAGAAAGCGUGCUGAAGAGGGAAAAAGGUCAAAUGACUUCACAUUAAUUCUUAAAUAAAGCUUUAGUGAAGGGAAUCAUUGUUCAGAAAUCAUUAAAAUAUUUCUAAACAUUUUUAUCAAUAAUCAUGCAUGCAAGGUGCACGUGCUUUAUAUCUAUAAUUCUACUAUGAGAUGAGAAUGAGGUCCACGGCUGAUCCAGAAAGUGCUGCUCUUCCAUUCUAGGGAGUUUGUUUCUGUCAUCCUCACCCUUCCUGGACCUUCCUGGAUAUCUGCAGUGCUUAAAUGUGACAGUGUCAAUUGUAAAAGUGCUUUACAAAUAAAAAUUCAACUGAUUCGAAA